GUAAGCGUUUGUUUUUUAUAAUAAUAAUAAUCGUUUCUAAAACAACAAAUAUACAUAUGUACUUUAUUAAAAGGUACAUGUAUUAGUUGAAUAAAAGUUGUGUUUAGAAAUAAUUUGAAUAUAAUUUUAAAAAACAUAAAAAGAAAAGUACUCAAAAACAGAAAUGUCAAAUUAGAACCACGUUCCUAUUGUCCCACGAUACAUCCUUUUAUAUGUAGACAAAAUUUGAGAAGAUAGAAAGAAGCAAAAAUGGCUUCCCUGCCCAUCUUGACUGUUCUUGAACAGGCACAAGUAUCACCACCAGAGGCCACUGUAGGCGAUAGGUUGUUACCACUUACUUACUUCGACUUCUUGUGGCUAGCCCAACCUCCUAUUCACAACAUAUUCUUUUACGAGCUCUUCAUGACACAAACUCAAUUCAUUCAAACCAUUAUUCCCAACCUCAAACACUCCUUGUCCAUCACUCUUCAACAUUUUUUUCCAUUUGCUGGUAACUUACUUGUGUUUCCUACAUCUGCCAAAAAGCCCGAAAUCCGCUAUGUUGAGGGUGAUUCUGUCGCAGUUACUUUUGCAGAAUCUAACCUUGAUUUCAACGAACUCACCGCAAACCAUCCCCGAGAUUGUGAGAAGUUUUACCAUCUUAUACCUCCACUAGAUCACGUUCAAAAAACUUCAGAUUCCACAAAGAUCCCGUUGUUCUUCGUUCAAGUGACACUCUUUUCAAACUCUGGAAUAUCUAUUGGGAUGACAAAUCACCAUUGCCUUGGUGAUGCUAGCACCAGGUUUAAUUUCUUGAAGGCGUGGACAUCGAUUGCUCAAUCUGGUUCUGAUGAGUCGUUUCUAGCUAAUGGAACGAUGCCGUUUUAUGAUAGACUGAUCAAAAACCCUAAACUUGACGAAAGUUAUCUAAAGUUUGCUCGACUUGAAACAUUCAAAGAGUAUCAACCUCCCAAACUUGAACCAACAGAUAAAGUUCGAGCCACAUUUAUAUUGCCUCGGACCGUGCUCCUUAGAUUAAAAGAAUUGGUGACGACACAAGUACCAACAAUAGCAUACGUAUCAUGUUUUUCUGUUGCAUGUGCUUAUAUAUGGAGUUGCAUAGCGAGUAGUACACAUGAGAAUGAGCUGCAAGUGUGCGGUUUCGCGAUCGAUUGUAGAGCGCGAAUGAAUCCCGCACUCCCAGCAAGCUACUUCGGCAACUGUGUUGGUUGGUGUUAUGUUCCGGCACAAAGCAAAGUAUUAACGGGAAAAGAAGGGUUCGUGACUGCUGCAAAACUGCUUGGAGAAAGUCUACAUGAGAGAUUGACUGAUAAAGAUGGAAUCAUGAAAGAUAUAGUAUUUGAUGACUUGUUUUCCAGUGGGGUUCCUCCUACAAUAAUUGGGAUUGCUGGAACACCAAAGCUUAAGUUUUAUGAUAUGGAUUUUGGGUGGGGAAAGCCCAGAAAGAUUGAAACUGUUUCUAUUGAUUAUAGUCAAUCGGUAUCCAUGAAUGCAUGCAGAGAAAAGGAUGAGGAUUUGGAAAUUGGUCUUAGCCUUCCGAUCAAUCAGAUGAAGUUGUUUGUCAAUACAUUUGAGGAAGGCUUAAAACCAUACGUUUAGGCCAUCUGUAGUCAUAAAGCUGCGCGUUAUGUGACACGUGUCGUGUCACGUCACACAAGGGCUUUAUGGGACGUUAUGUCAUUAUAGCCCGUAGUCAUAAUUUUCAUUUUUAUUAAUUAAUUAAAAAACACUUUACUAUUUUUGAUUGGUCAAAGUUUUAAAACUCCUCUCCAUCAUACCGCUAUCACCAUACCGCCCCCACCAUUUUCUUCCCCAUAGCGCGCGCCGCCCGUCGUAGUAUUCAGAGUGCUAUGGGGCGCUAUCAGACAAAAAAACCCAAAGAUAACGCCACAGUAUGGAGUAACUUAGAUUGACGAUAGAUUACAUACAUUGUUUUUGUCUGUUACUUUGUUUUCCUAUUUUGUAGGUCUUUAUUGUGGUGGUUGUGAUUCAUAAAUAAAAUUUCGUAUUUUCGUGGUCUU